AUGGCCCUCAAAGUGGACGACAGGCUUGAGGAGGUCCACGAGGAGCUCCUCACAUGGGCCAGCUCAAUUGGAGUCGAGGCCGACAGGAUCCGUCCUAUGAGGAUCUCUGGCCGUGGUUUUGGAGUCGUGGCAACUGACCACAUCCCCAAGGACAUCGAUAUUCUCACAGUCCCUAUAUCAGCCCUUCGGACAAAAGACACAGUGCCCACAACAAUCGUCUCAAGCCUCCCCAAGGAUGUCACCGUUCACGGCCUGCUCGCCGCGGACCUUGCCCUCAACAAGGCCGCAAAUGACACAAAGUACAGCAAGUGGCAAGCAGUUGUACCCACCAUAGAGGACAUCCAGCAGUCCAUGCCCCUCACGUGGCCAGCCUCCCUCCAGUCCCUUCUCCCCGCAGGCGCCAGCAAACUCCUGGAGAAGCAGCGGGUCAAGUUCGACAAGGACUGGGACACCGUAUCAGCGGCCUUCCCCAUCGAGGGCAAGGGCAAGGCUAAGGGCGGAGUGGUGAGCAAGGAGUGCACGAGGGACGAGUACAUGCACGCCUGGCUGCUGGUCAACACGCGUACCUUCUACUUCGUCACCCCCAAGACGGAGAGGCUGCCCAAGGAGGACCACAUGGCGCUGCAGCCAGUGGCGGACCUCUUCAACCAUAUCGACCGGGACGGGUGCCACGUUGCCUUCGACCACGCCGAGUCGUUCACCUUCCGGACCACGCGGGCCUACGAGAAGGGUGACGAGGUGCACAUCAGCUAUGGCUCGCACAGCAACGACUUCCUCCUGGUCGAGUACGGCUUCGUCCUCGCGCGGAACCACUGGGACGAGGUGCGCCUCGACGACGACGUGGUCCUGCCGGCGCUGACGAGGCGCCAGAGGGAGGAACUGGAGGAUGUUGGGUUCCUGGGGAACUACGUCCUGGACAACGACACGCUCUGCCACCGGACGCAGGUCGCGCUUAGGCAGAUGGCCGUCACGGGGAAAUAUGGUGGGCUGACCAUGGAUGAGUGGCGGAAGUUUGUCAGCGGGCUCGACGAUGGGGAGAAGAGCCAGGCGAAAGUGGAUGCCUUGGCCGUGGGCCUGUUGGAGAAGUACGAGGCCACGAUCAAGACCAAGGAAAAGGAGCUGAGGAAAUUGAGGUUCCAAGAGGAAGACGGGGAUGAGGACAUGAACGAGAGCCGGAGGGAGAUCCUGUUGAGGCGCUGGGCCCAAAUACGGGGCUUGGUCAAGGCCACGAUCGAGCGUCUAGAAGAUGAGUGA